AUGUCCUCUACAACCGCCUCCACCGCCCCUCCAGUGGCCCUCGAGACGAUCACUCAGCACAUCGGCAACACGCCUUUGGUACGGUUGAACAGGAUACCGCGCAGCUUGGGCAUCGAGGCCGCGGUGUAUGCGAAAUUGGAAUGCUUCAAUGCGGGGGGCAGCGUGAAGGAUAGGAUUGCUUUGCGCAUGAUUGAAGAGGCCGAACGAUCGGGGCGCAUUAAGCCUGGUGAUACCUUGAUUGAGCCUACCAGUGGGAACACUGGUAUUGGUCUUGCUCUUGUCGCCGCUGUCAAAGGCUACAAGACAAUCAUCACCCUUCCCGAGAAGAUGUCUGCUGAAAAGGUCGCCGUAUUACGAGCCUUGAAUGCCACCAUCAUUCGUACACCCAACGAAGCUGCAUUCGAUUCUCCUGAGUCCCACAUUGGGGUUGCAAAGCGUCUCGAAAAGGAACUUCCGAAUGCCCAUAUCCUGGAUCAGUACGGCAAUGAGAACAACCCAUUGGCUCAUGAGCUGGGCACAGCCGAGGAGAUAUGGGCCCAAACGCAGGGACAAAUUUCGGCAAUCAUUGCUGGUGCAGGAACCGGCGGAACCAUCACCGGUCUAGCUCGGGGCCUUAAGAAACAUAAUUCCCGUGUUCAAGUCAUAGCUGCCGACCCCCAUGGAUCAAUCCUGGCUCUUCCCGCAACAUUGAACCAGGAGCAUCUAAAUGAGCCCUACAAGGUGGAGGGGAUUGGAUACGACUUCAUCCCCGAAGUACUGGAUCAGCAGCUCGUUGACAAGUGGUACAAGACCGCCGAUAAGGAGUCAUUUCAGUAUGCUCGCCGCCUAAUUGCAGAGGAAGGGCUUUUGGUCGGUGGAAGCAGUGGAAGUGCCAUUGCGGCUUUGGCCCAGGCCGCCAAAGAUCAAAGAUUCACCAAGGACGACGUGGUUGUUGUAAUAUUACCGGACAGCAUUAGAAGCUAUCUUACCAAGUUUGCGGAUGAUGACUGGCUUGCUGCGAAUGGGCUUCUGUUGACCGCCCCGGUCGUCGCUGAUGUAGCGUCCAUGCCUCCAACGCUGAACCCUCAAGGACAACAGGACGCAUUUUCUGGCUCAAAGGUCAAAGCUCUGAGACUUAAACCGAUUACCACGGUCCGGUCGAAUAUUCCAUGCGAAACCGCCAUCGAAAUGAUGCGCGACAGAGGAUUUGAUCAACUCCCGGUCUUGGCAGCCUCUGGGAAAAAGCUUGUUGGACUGCUUACCCUAGGGAACAUCCUGAGUCGGCUUACCCACGGACGUGCGACAGGGAAGAGUCCUGUUGCGGAUGUCAUGUUUGAUUUCGGUAAAAUCCCUGAAGUUGUCACGGACCCCAGAGAUAUCGGAUUGGCAAGCCCGCAAAACGAGCAGCAAAAAACCCAGGUCACAAGCCGGAAAUUUGUUGAGAUCACCAUGGAAACUCCCCUCAGUGUCCUGAAUAGAUUCCUGGAAUGGAACAGCGCAGCGGUCGUCACUGAGAGAGACGAAAACGGAGCAAUGAAGCCAGUAGCCGUUGCCACGAAAGUCGACCUGUUAAGCUGGAUGCUCCGUCACAAUGAGAACAGCACCCAAGGGCCUCAGUAAUGGCACCCAAUUCACCGUCUAGCAAUGGUUGUUUUUUUUUUUUUUUUUCUCUUCUUUUUUGGUGGAAUGG